GAUUUCAACCCUGGAAGUCCUGCUCUACAAACUAGAGCACACCAGUCAUAAGAUAAUGGAGGUCACUGGCCAGUAUUGUGUUUAUCUUAUGUGCGACAGCGUUCUCGCAGAUGAAACAAAGAAGAAGCUUCAAACUUAUUUAAGCAUUCGUCGGAAAUCGGGUGGAGGAGAAUGCGGACCACUGACAGCUGUCGCUGAUAACUACUACUGUGUAGCUUUCAAAGAACAAAAAGACCAACAGGAAGUCCUAAGGAGGUGUAAGCACACGGUAGAGCUGUCAGACGGUCCUCUGGUGUUUACUGCCACAGACAGUCUACCGACUCCCAGCUCCUCUCAGAAAUCACAGCCAGCAGAGCAAAGUGCUACAAUGAAAGAUAGCGGUUUUAUCCAGCACAACAUUAAAAGUACCAGAUCUCGUUCCAAGUCCCUCGCUAAUGAUUUCACAAGAAGAAUUGUGGUGUUGGGAAAGACUGGAGUGGGGAAGAGCAGCCUCGCCAACACCUUGUUGGGGGAGAAUGUGUGUCAAACAGAUGGCUCUGCGGUAUCUAGAACAAGUCGAUGUCAGGCGGAGUCAGGAACGGUCAAUGGGAGAAGCAUAAAACUCAUCGACACUCCUGGCUUUUUUGACACAAAAAGGUCUGAGGAAGUGAUGAAGGAGGAGAUUGUGAAGUGUAUUAUUGAAAGUACUCCUGGUCCGCAUGUUUUUAUGAUUGUACUUAGAGUGGGUAAAUACACAAAGCAGGAGAAGGAGAUCAUUGAUAAGAUGACAGAGUAUUUCUCAGAAGAAACUCUAAGGUUUGCCAUAGUGCUUUUUACUUAUGGUGACCAGCUGCCUGAAGGAACAACAAUUGAGGAGUUUGUCAGUAAAAGUAAAGAUUUAAAUGAAUUAGUCAAGAAGUGCGGCAGCCGCUGCAAUGUCAUUGAUAAUAAAUACUGGAAACAUGGCGAGGAUGAAUACAGGAGCAACAAGUUCCAUGUAGAAAAGCUUCUCAACACCAUAGACAAGACUAUUGAGGAGAAUGGUGGAAAGCACUACACUCACGAGAUGCUGGAGGCCGUGAGCAGAGAGUUAGAAGAAGAGCAAAAGCGUUUAAAGCAAGAAUCUCCCAAUCUUUUACCAGCUGAAAUCCAAGAAAAGGCUAAAGCUGUGGUGCAGGAGAAGUGGUCACAUUAUCUUUUGAGAGUCAGCAAAGAGGUGUUGCUAAAAACAUUCCUAAGUGGUGGCAAUAACCUAAUGGGAGAUGACCCAGUGUUCUUGGCGAUUAAGGUAGGGGUAACAGGCGCCAUAGCAGCAGCUGCAGCAAGACAAGCAGGAUCAGCAGGAGGAGUGGGUGCAUCUGUUAAGGAAGACGAUUCAACUGAAGGAAGAGCUGUGGCAGAAGGAGCUGUUGUAGCAGGAGAAGAAAGUGCAGCAAUAAAAUAGAGAGAAACAUCCUCUUCAAUGGCUGCAUGUGGCUAAAGGUUAACUGUCUACAAAUAAAUGUCUAAUUCCAAGGAAACACAUGAAAACUGAAUAGAAUUAUGAAUGACAUGAAUAUGUAUUCCUUCUAUCCAACUUUAGUCUUUACUGAGUGCUAUGAUUAAUGUGUGAACUGAUUAAACCUGGUAAACAUAUUUUGAAUCGUUUUCACAUUGAUCUGUUUAUGUUUCUUUUUUCAUAUUAGGUUUUAGAAAUGCCUACUGUACUUUUUUUAAUCUCAGUAUUUGGUAGAAAGUCAAAGUAUGACUGUCACGUGACGAUAACGUUUGUAAAAGUCCUGUCAACCUUUAAUUGAGUUUUAAGAAUCAUAUUAUGUCGAAGCAUUGUUUUUCUUUUCACAAUAAUAAAAUUAUGUGAGUAGGUAAGUCUUUUAAUUCUCAAAUCUCUGUUUAUUCAUUAUGUAAAUGAUAACUAAUAAAA